UUUCUAUCCAUUCAAUCCCAUCCUUUUCUUUUCUCUUAUUUUCUGCAUUUCCUUUCUUCCUCUUGAAUCCAAAUUAUCGAGCUUUGGAUCCUUCCUUUCAUAGAAAUCUUUGAAUUUCCAUCUCUCCUUUCGGUGAAAAUCUUUUAGAAUCUUCAAAGCUCUUCUUUAAUUCUCUUUUCUCUCUCUUUUUCUAAGUAUUCAAAUCUUGCUACUUUAAUUUCCUUCUUUUCUUCAAUUUCUUCCACCUUUCAGUUUUUAUACUUUCUCGUAUCUGUGUUUGUUGGGAUUUCUUAUUUUAGUUCAUUUCAAAGAACCCUUCUUCCAAUCUUGAAUUCAACGGAAAAAUGAAAGAAAAAUGAGGAAAAAGAAGUGAGCUUUUAUUCAAUUUCAACCAUCGAUGGCGGUCGAGCUCUGCAUGGAUAAUUCAGGGUGGGCCACAAGUCCAAGAAUCUCAUUUUCUUAUGAUCUAACCCAAUCGGACGGCGGUGGCAUUCCGAUGGAACGCAGCCGAUCGGAUUCCUUUCUUUUGGACCCCUCUCCCGACUUCGAUUUCUUCAUUACGGGAAGAUCCGAACCGGAGUCGACUUCUGCCGAUGAGCUCUUUUCCGAUGGAAAGAUCAUUCCGCUCCAAUUCAAGAAAUCUGCCGCUUCUUCGAAUCCAGAGGUGGGAAUUCAGCGUCACAAAUCAACAUCGCUUCCACCUUCUCCUCUGCCUCCGUCACCGCAGCGGCCGCCUAUCCCGAAAGAUCAAAAGAAAGAGAGCUUGAGAGAGAUCAUGGCCGUUGCCGAUGCGGAGGAGAAAUCAACGGCAUCGAAACCAUUCUGGCGGUUCAAAAGGAGCAGCAGCCUCAACGUCGGAAACACCCACAAAACUAGCUCAAUCUGGUCAUUGCCGCUUCUAUCGAGAAGCAAAUCGACAGGUUCGACAGAUCAGAAUCCGAACCGCGCAGUUUCGAAAGACACCCAAAAGCCAUUACAGAAACCGUCGCCGAAUUUGAAUUCAAACCCAAGAUCAUCUUCACUAAAAAGGCCGCCGAUGAAGAAAAACGGCUCCUUUGGGCGAACCCAAUACGGGUCCUAUGGAAAUUCAAUCAGAAUCAAUCCUGUUUUGAAUGUUCCACCUCCAUACAUUUCCAAAGGAACGACGACUCUGUUCGGAUUUGGGUAUUUCUUCUGUAAUGGGAAAGAUGGUAAGAACAAGAAGAAACCAUUUUCACCUGUGAAUGCUCAAUGAAGAGAAAUCGAAAUCAGAAUUCGAAGAAUUACGAUUGCAGUGAAUUCCAGAUUUACAGAGGAAGAUUGGAUUGUGGUGAAAGAUUGUAAUGUGUUCGGAGCUUAUCGAAAUGUCUAUGGAUUGGGAGACAAGAGAAGGAAAGGUAUCUUGGAAUUCAUGGCUGUCUUGAUUCCUCCCAUGUUUUGGAAUUUACUUCGGUUUCUCUUAGGGGGUAUUUUGUUAAAAAAUUGGAUUUUUUUGCUCUUUUUGUAUGAAAUAUUAAAAACAAAGGGGGUUGGUUUGUAUGUAAAAAAAUGAUUAGGUUGCUAAUUUGAAAAUUUCUAUUUGACA